GCUUUAGGCUUUUGGCUCGGAGGAGGCUCAGAUGCAACUUUCUUUGGUCGUCCCGAAUCCGGGUUCAUCCGACACCAGCUGCCUCCACCAUUCCGCCGAAGUUCAAGUCAAACUCGUAUACCUGUGGUGCACCGGUGGGGAAGUGGGUGCCACAUCUGCUCUGGACCCCAAGAUUGACCCCCUGAGCCUGUCUCCAAAAAAGGUUGCUGAUGACGUCACCAAAGCAACCAGUGAUUGGAAGGGUCUGAGAAUUACAGUGAAACUGACCAUUCAGAACAGACAUGCCCAGAUUGAGGUAGUGUCUUCUGCCUCUUCCCUGAUCUUCAGAGUUUUCAAAGAACCGCCAAGAGACAGAAAGAAGCAAAAAAACAUUAACCACAGUCGAAAUAUCACUUUUGAUGAGAUUGUCAGCAUUGCCCGACAGAUGCGGCACCGAUCUGUACCAAGAGAACUUUCUGAAACCAUUAAAGAGAUCCUGGGGACUGCCCAGUCUGUGGACUACAAUGUUGAUGGCUGCCACCCUGAUGAUAUCAUGGAUGAUAUCAACAGUGGUGCAGUGGAAUGUCGGGCUAGUUAAGAACUACAAAGGAAAAUAUUUAAAUUAAAGAUUAUUUGAUAACCAAAAAAAAAAAAAGAAAGAAAUACACAGAAUAUUGUCUCUCUUAAGCAUGUUAACCAUUGUA